GAGAGGAUAAAUUGGCUUGCAAGAAAGACCUCCCCUUUAGUUCGUCGUGACUCGACUCUUGUCGACCCACCAAAGAAGCAGCCCUGAGCCAGGCUUGUGUAAAAUGCUCCAGGACACCGGUUCAAGGCCACCUUGCACUGACUCCAGCAGUAUGACUCGCGACCUGUCUCCCAACCCUUCCUCUUCAAGCUCUGCCUCCCCGGCUGCCAGUGGUGCUUCUCCUCUCGUCAGGGUGAAGAAAGAAAGCAGCAGCAGCAUUAGCAAUGGGGCUUGUAGUGGCACGUUCCAAACCGAAGUUUCUUCUGCAUUGCACAGUGCAGCCAUGGUGCCACAGUCCGACUCCUUUCCCGGCUCACAGCAAGACGGCGACGUUACUGUCCAGUUGGAGAACAACGACUUGUGGCAAUCGUUCGCGCGCUGUAUCAACGAGAUGAUCGUCACACGAUCUGGCAGGCGGAUGUUCCCGAUCUACUCUGUGUCGGUGAAGGGUCUCAAUCCGUCCGCUAUGUACUCCGUCUAUCUCGACUUCGAAGUGGUCGGCCAGCAGCGCUGGAAAUUCGUCAAUCGCAAGUGGGUGUCGGGCGGACGGGCCGACCCACCGAUCCAGAGUCGCUACAAGCAUCCCGACUCUCCGCACUAUGGAUCGCACUGGAUGGCUAAGCCUAUUCAGUUUGGCAAGGUCAAGCUUACCAACAAGAACAACUCGGAGCAGCAGGUAGUGCUGAACUCGCUGCAUAACUACGAGCCGUGUCUCCAUAUCGUUCCAGAGCCGGGACACAGUCAGGGAUGCAGAGCGGCGAAGGCUUCCUUCCCGCAGACCCAGUUCAUUGCCGUCACGGCCUAUCAGAACGAAGCGAUUACGGAGCUGAAGAUCUCUCACAACCCAUUUGCAAAGUCCUUCAAAGAUAAUGCUGGGCGCUGCAAGGACGAAGCAGUGCAGAGAAGUGAUGAGUCCACAGGUCAAAUGAUGUCAAAUCAAUGGGCACAGCCAGUACUAGAUGCAGCUGACAUGAACUGUGACCAAUUUGCAGCGCAAUCAUCUACAAUAGCAUGCCCAAUGAAAACCGAGCCGAAUACAGGUGGUCCUGCAACAACAGCUCAUCCUCUGUCGCCGCUGUCGUACUACUCCACACCGCCGUUUAGCCCGGAGAGUGGUAGCACCGGCAGCAAUGAAAUGGUUUCAAGCAUAUCCGCUGGACUUGGGGAUGGCUAUACAGUGCGAACUGCUCGUGCCAUGUCCUUGCCAGCAACGCAUCGUCCUCAUCUCUCACCAAGGAGACCAUCAACUGAAGAGCUUGCACCCCUACACCAGCAGCUGGGUGCAUCACUCAACAUGCCUGGGCAACGCCAGGAAUAUGCACAGCCGGCACUAGCCUCGCGUGGAUUUCUGGCACCCCCGACUUAUCACCUAGGCCGAGUGUAUGGCUCGCCCAUUCAAUCGCCUUCCCUGGUGCACAGCUCGAUUGAUUCACCCAGGGGCCGCCAUCGCUCCAAGUCGUCACCGUCCGUCACACCCAUGCAGCGUACACAUCCAUAUCGAACCAAUAACCUUGUGAUGGAUCCGGCUUCUCUCUCAUCCUCACCUCUCUCCUUAUCACCACUGAUAGGCUCACCCGAGUCAGCCUCUCCACUGGUGUCAAGCCAGCAUCAGUUUAGGUUUCAGCCAUCACCAUCAGAAGCGCUCAACAACUCCAUGGAUUCGGACUCCGGCUCAGCACAUGCCUCUCUUUCAAACCUCUCUGCCAUGAUGGAUGAUUCCAGCAUGAGUCCCUCUGAACCAGCAUCAUUCCUUAAACACCAACAGCCACAGCAGCAGCAAGCUUCACUUCUGCCUCAAGCAAACCCUGCCGCAUUCUUGCACAACUCGGCGCUAUUGACUGGCCCGGGGGAUUUUCUCACAACAACUGCAGCCAGUGUUUCUGCAAUGCCUCCCCAGGUUAGCUUUGCAAAUGCUCAGCUCCCAACUGGCGUCACGCCAUUGCCUGAUUGGUGGCAGACUGUAGCACCGGCCGUGACUGACGGAACACUUCCCAACCUUCAGUGCCUUGAUUUCGGUAAUGCUUGAGCGUGUGCCUGAAGGACAACUUGAUUUAACCUGGAUGUGCUGUGCAGAAUUUUGCACUGACUGCUGCAUGACUUGACCUAUUGACAUUGCUCUGUUUACUUGAAAUAUGCGUGUACUAGUAUGCUUGUGGUUGAGACGAUCACUGUGCUUGUUUAGUGCUGUGACUAUUCUUUGAACAGGCACACCGUCUCUUUGAGAAGAGUGAGGUCUUUGUGCCUCAUUUUGAUCAUACCUUGGUCACGUACUGGACAUGUCGUUUCGAAAAUAGUGGAAAUAUAUGCCACUAGUAUUUUUUGCUUGUUGUGCCACAUUGAAUUUUCAACAUUUUGACAUCAGUUAGCAGUCAUCCAGCUUUAUACAACAGUAUUGUUUGCCACCAUUUUGAUUUCUCAUGACAUAACUUAUACGCAGUUUAUAGCGACAUGCUAAAUGAAGUGUUAGACAUGAAGCACUUCACAGUUGCAGGCUGCUGUUGCGUUUGAUUGCUGUCAUCAGCCAGGAGAUUAUCUAUUGCUUUCGAAUGUUUCUUGAAUGGUUAGAAGCCCUUUAAAACUA